AUGGCAGGGGUGACAUCCAUUUCCUGCCGCCGCGACCGCAGCCAGCGCCGCUUUGUCGUCACCGGCUGCGGGGUGAAGCCAGGACUUGCAGUCCUUGUCCUGGUCCUCCUCCUCUGGGCUCCAUUGCAGAGCCAGGACUGGACCAAGAACGACGAGAAGCUGCUGCAGGCCGUGGACUACAACGAUGCCGGGCGGGUCACGUCGCUCCUGCUCCGCAAGGGCCUGGUGCCCACCAAGCUGGACUCGGAGGGCAAAUCGGCGUUCCACUUGGCUGCCACGCGGGGCAACGUGGACUGCCUGGAAGCAAUGCUGGCCCACGGCGUGGAUGCCAUGACCAAGGACAGCUCGGGUUACACUGCCCUGCACUUGGCCUCCAAGCACGGCCACCCUCAGUGUGUCAGCAAACUGCUGCAGGCCUCCUGCCCCGUGGAUGUGGCCGAUGGCAGCGGCAGGACCGCGCUGCACCUGGCGGCUGCCAGCGGCUGCAUCUCCUGCUCCGAGAUCCUCUGUGACUUCAAGGCUCCCUUGAACAGCAAGGACAAGGACGGCUCCACGCCGCUGAUCCUGGCUGCCAAGAUGAGCCACUCGGAGCUGUGCCGGUACCUCCUGCACCGCGGGGCCGCCGUCAACUGCCGGGACCUGCAGGGCAGGACAGCCCUGAUGCUGGCCUGCGAGAGCGGCAGCGUGGACACCGUGGAGGUGCUGGCGGCCGAGGCCGGGCUGAGGGCGGAGGCGGCGGCGCUGGCGAAACGGCUGCAGGAGCUGGAGCGGCGGCACGAGAAGACGUGCGAGGAGGUGUUCCGCGUGCAGCGGCAGGCGCUGUUCAUGAAGAGCGAGCGGCAGGCGGCGGAGGACAGGCUGGGCGCCGUGCAGAAGCAGCUGGAGCAGGCCCAGGACGAGGCGCGGCGGCUGCGGGAGCUGCAUGGCCACGCUGAAGAUGCGGCACGGCUGGUCAGGGACAGGGACAGGAAGAUCACGGAGCUCUCCAAGGAGGUUUUCAGGCUGAAGGAAGCCCUGAACGCCCUCCCUGAGUCAGGGGGGCCUCCAGAAUCCCCACCCAACACGGCCGCGCUCCAGGCCCAGAUCCGGGCGCUGGAGGAGAAGCUGGAGGAGACAGAGACGAGGCACAGCAAGGUGGUGACGCUGUACCGGAGCCACCUGCUCUAUGCUGUACAGGGCCACAUGGACGAAGACGUGCAGAGACUCUUGUGCCAGAUCCUGAGGAUGCAGCGGCUGCAGGAGCAGGGCAGAUGAGCCCCUGCCAGCACGGGUGGCAGGGGAAGUGGGGGGACAGGUCUGUCACAGCACCCUGUGCGUCCCUUUGCUUGUCCAGACACCCAGUCCACCCCCAGCACAGCAGCAAUAAAGUUAUUUAUAAUCACA